AUGGCAAGCGCUUCAUCAACUCGUAAUGUUGUUGGUAUUAUAGGGAAUGUUAUCACCUUUGGUUUGUUCUUAUCACCAGCUUCAACUUUCUAUAAAAUUAUAAAGAAGAAAGAUGUGGAAGAAUACAAGCCUGACCCAUACAUAGCAACAAUGUUGAAUUGUGCAUUUUGGGCAUUUUAUGGAAUGCCUUUUGUGCACCCAAAUAGCUUUUUGAUCGUUACCAUUAAUUGUGUAGGACUUGUUUUUGAGUUCGUCUAUCUUACCAUAUUUUAUAUGUAUGCCAACAACAAAGGAAGGAAAAAGUUGCUUCUUUUUCUUCUCAUAGGAGUUACUUUUUUUAUUAUCAUUGUUCUUAUAACAAUGUUGGCAUUACAUGGCACUACAAAAAGGUCUCUAGUGGUUGGUAUUAUAUGUGAUAUAUUUAACAUAAUGAUGUAUGCCUCUCCUCUUACCGUUAUGGCAAAAGUCAUUGAAACAAAAAGUGUGAAAUAUAUGCCAUUUUCGCUCUCUCUGGCUAACUUUCUUAAUGGAUUAUGUUGGACAACAUAUGCCUUAAUCCACCCCUUUGACAUUUAUAUUUUGAUCAGUAACAGUGUUGGAGUAAUCUCUGGUCUUGUUCAACUUAUAAUAUAUACUUAUUUUUGGUGCAAGGGAGAAAAUAAUAAUGAUGAUGGUGAUAAUGUUUCAAAUCUAGACGAAGACUACUACCUUAUGACUAAUUGA